AUGAAGACGCUGAUGCGAAUAGUUGGAAUCAUUGGACUCUUUCUGCUGUUAAUAUAUGUCCUCACCUACAUAAUGGUCCUGCUGAGCGGAAGGAGAUCUGCUGCCGAAGAAGUGUGGAGAAAACUGGACCGGAUUGAAGAGAAGCUCAACCAACUGAUCAUGAAGGACGAAGAGAAACAGAAGAUUGUGAUGCCGAAGCUUUUCCCCGACUCGCCCCUGUUCGCCCAGUGGGGCGACGACCUUACAGAAGAGGAGCAGAAGGAGGCCGAGGGCCUUUUCAAGAUUUAUGGAUACAACGUGUUCCUGAGUAACCGGCUACCUCUCGACCGAGAGCUGCAGGAUACGAGAGACAAGAGAUGUCUGGUGAGGAUGAGGAGAUAUCCCAAACAGCUGCCGAGCAUCAGCGUGGUGCUGAUCUACAUAAACGAGGCUCUUUCUGUCAUCAAGAGGGCGAUCCGGAGUAUCAUGCGGCACACGCCGGGGCACCUGCUGAAGGAGAUCGUUCUGGUGGACGACUGCAGCACCUACAACGACCUGAAUACCCCGUUAGACGACUACAUAGACCUAAUAAAUGAAGAGAGGCCCGGACUCAUAAAGAAAGUUCGCCACGAGAGACAAAUGGGCUUGUCCCAGUCGCGGAUCUCCGGCUGGAAGGCGGCCACGGCUGACGUCGUGGCCAUUCUGGACGCCCAUGUUGAAGCCACCGUGGGAUGGGCGGAACCCUUGCUGGCCAGAAUCAAAGCGGACAGGACCGUGGUGGUCUCCCCCGUGUUCGACAAGGUCCAUUUCGACGACCUCCACGUGGAGAGAUACGGCCCGUCCGCUCACGCCUUCGACUGGGCAUUGUGGUGCAUGUACGAGUCCUUUAGCCCUGCCUGGAGAAAGCUGAACGACGAAUCGAGACCUGGGAAGAGUCCCUCUGUGAUGGGAAUCUUUGCGGCAGACCGACUGUUUCUCGAGGAGAUCGGUGGCCUGGACGGUGGAAUGACGGUUUACGGGGGAGAAAAUGUGGAGCUGGGCAUUCGUGUGUGGCUGUGCGGAGGGAGGGUGGAGAUCGUGACCUGUUCUAAGAUCGCCCACAUCGAGAGGGCGCACAAGCCGUAUGCGCCGGACCUCAGCAUCGCCAUGAGGAGAAACGCCCUGCGGGUGGCGGAAACAUGGCUGGAUGACUACAAUAAAAAUGUUUACAUUGCCUGGAACCUUCCUUUGAAGAACCACGGAAUCGAUAUAGGUGACAUUUCUGAGAGGAAGAAGCUCAGAGAAAGCCUGAAAUGUAAACCUUUCCAGUGGUACUUGGACCAUGUCUAUCCCGCUCUGGAAAAGUGGGAUAAUAUCUUGGGCUACGGUGUGCUGAGUAACAGCCUACUGAAGGACGUCUGCGUGGACCAGGGGCCCAUUCCAGGAAACAUCCCCGUCCUGUACGGGUGCCACCGCAUGCAGCCGCAGCUGUGCUACUACAACACGGACGGUGAGAUUUAUGUGGGGGGGAUUAAAUCUCACAAGUACAACACGAACCGCUGCCUGGUAGAUCCCGGGUCGGGAAGCAACCCCACCCUGCAGGACUGUCGGGUGGCGAAGGAGAACAAACUGAGCAUGCACUGGGACUUCAAACAAGGCCAAGCCAUCAGAAACCGGGAGACAGACCGGUGCCUUGAGCUGGCUCAGGGAGAGGACUCGUACUACCACCUCAUCAUUCAGCAGUGCUCCGGACAGAGCUGGACGAUAGAGCACCUCUUAACAAGCUCUUAG